CCUAAUCUUCUCCUCUUGCUUUCCUUUUGAAGACCUGCCUCUGUCCAUGAGCUAUUCUUUGAUCUCUCUGGCUGCCCAUGUUCUCCACCUGCAACCAUUUGCAUUUACUGUUUCUUUCCAAUUUUUAAACUGUACAAGUUGUGUUUCUUAAUCUUCCCUUUGCCUUGUUCUGGGGAGGUAAUUUUUUUAUCGUUUGGAAUUUGGAAUCACCUUUCCCCCUCCCAUAUGCUAUCCUACAUUUGAGAUCUUUUGACCUUUGGUUUUAUUUGGGAGGGGGAAGGGUGAUCAUUUAAAUUUUGUUUCCCUGGUUGCCUCCUGUACUCUUCUCUGCUGUUUCCCUCUCCCAUUUUCUUGCCUGUUCUGCCGCUGUGUGGGCCUGGGCUAUGCGGCAGGGCACAUCUCCCAUCAGAGCUCCAACAUGCCCGCAGAGUCUGGAAAGAGAUUCAAACCCAGCAAGUAUGUCCCGGUCUCAGCAGCCGCCAUCUUCCUAGUGGGAGCUACAACACUCUUCUUUGCCUUUACGUGCCCAGGACUCAGCCUGUAUGUGUCGCCCGCAGUGCCCAUCUACAAUGCGAUUGUUUUUCUCUUUGUGCUGGCCAACUUCAGCAUGGCCACCUUCAUGGACCCAGGCAUUUUCCCUCGAGCUGAGGAGGAUGAAGACAAGGAAGAUGACUUCCGAGCUCCCCUUUACAAAACCGUGGAGAUCAAGGGCAUCCAGGUGCGCAUGAAAUGGUGUGCCACUUGCCGCUUCUACCGUCCUCCUCGAUGUUCCCACUGCAGUGUCUGUGACAACUGUGUGGAGGAAUUUGAUCAUCACUGCCCCUGGGUGAACAACUGUAUUGGUCGCCGGAACUACCGUUAUUUCUUCCUCUUUCUCCUUUCCCUGACAGCCCACAUUAUGGGUGUGUUUGGCUUUGGCCUCCUUUAUGUCCUCUAUCACAUGGAGAAUCUCUCAGGGGUCUGCACGGCUGUCACAAUGGCAGUGAUGUGUGUGGCUGGCUUAUUCUUCAUCCCUGUAGCUGGCCUCACAGGAUUUCACGUGGUGCUGGUGGCUAGGGGCCGCACAACCAACGAACAGGUUACGGGUAAAUUCCGGGGAGGUGUGAACCCCUUCACCAAUGGCUGCUGUAAUAAUGUUAGCCGUGUACUCUGUAGCUCCCCAGCACCCAGGUAUUUGGGGAGACCAAAGAGAGAGAAGACAAUUGUAAUCCGACCUCCCUUCCUUCGACCAGAAGUGUCAGAUGGGCAGAUAACUGUGAAGAUCAUGGAUAAUGGCAUCCAGGGAGAACUGAGGAGAACUAAGUCCAAGGGAAGCUUGGAGAUAACCGAGAGCCAGUCCGCCGACGCGGAACCUCCACCACCUCCCAAGCCAGACUUGAGCCGCUACACGGGGCUACGAACACACCUCAGCCUGGCUGCUACCGAAGAUAGCAGCCUUUUGGGCAAGGACAGCCCCCCUACGCCAACUAUGUACAAGUAUCGGCCGGGCUACAGUAGCAGCAGUGCAUCAGCCGCCAUGCCUCAUUCUUCCAGCGCCAAGUUGAGUCGCGGGGACAGCUUGAAGGAGCCAGCCUCAAUUGCAGAGAGCAGCCGCCAUCCCAGCUACCGUUCAGAGCCCAGCUUGGAGCCAGAGAGCUUCCGCUCUCCCACCUUUGGCAAAAGCUUUCACUUUGAUCCACUAUCGAGUGGCUCCCGCUCCUCCAGUCUCAAGUCAGCCCAAGGCACAGGGUUUGAGCUGGGCCAGUUGCAGUCCAUUCGUUCAGAGGGUACAACCUCCACCUCCUAUAAAAGCCUGGCCAACCAGACACGCAAUGGAAGCCUAUCUUAUGACAGCCUGCUCACUCCUUCAGACAGCCCUGAUUUCGAGUCUGUGCAGGCAGGGCCUGAGCCAGAGGCGCCUCUAGGCUACACCUCUCCCUUUCUGUCAGCCCGGCUGGCUCAGCAACGGGAAGCCGAGAGGCACCCACGUUUGGUGCCAACAGGCCCAUCACACCGAGAGCCCUCACCAGUCCGGUACGACAAUCUGUCGCGCCAUAUUGUGGCUUCCCUCCAGGAACGUGAGAAGCUGCUGCGCCAGUCACCCCCACUCCCAGGCCACGAGGAAGAACCAGGCUUGGGGGACUCGGGCAUUCAGUCAACACCAGGCUCAGGCCAUGCCCCUCGUACUAGCUCCUCCUCGGAUGAUUCAAAGCGAUCACCCUUGGGCAAGACUCCACUGGGACGCCCAGUUGCCCCACGUUUUGGCAAGCCAGAUGGGCUAAGGGGCCGGGGACUAGGGUCCCCUGAACCAGGCUCACCUGCCCCAUACCUGGGCCGAUCUAUGUCUUACAGCAGCCAAAAAGCCCCACAUGGUGUCUCUGAGACGGAAGAAGUGGCCUUGCAGCCAUUACUGACACCCAAAGAUGAAGUACAGCUCAAGACUGUCUACAGCAAAUCCAAUGGGCAGCCCAAGAGUAUAGGUUCAGCUUCUCCUGGCCCGGGCCAGCCGCCUCUCAGUAGUCCCACAAGAGGAGGAGUCAAGAAAGUAUCAGGAGUGGGCGGUACCACCUAUGAGAUUUCCGUGUGAGCCUUUGGCGCCCUUCCCCCAUGCCUCUGUGCUUACACCAAAGGGCCCCAGGUGGUCAUCUUCCUUCCCUCAACGGGCUCCCCUCCCCUGCAUGGACAUUUCUAAACUGCCGAUUCCAGGAGGAUGAGGAACUUUCAGAAAAUGCAGUGGGGCUGGGGAGUUGGAGAAUUGAAGCCCUGGGACUGGGGUAGCAGUCUCCUUCCACCUUUAAGACCGCCUUUAACCCCUGGACCAGACUCAGUGGACAUCUGUGCAAUUGCUCGCCCUGGAGGGAACCAGAUCAUUUUUAAAUCAGAAAUAAUUUUUUUUAUUAUUGUUACGGAUUCUAUUUUUUUCCUCUUCUGCGUUACCAGGUGUGUGUGUACAUACAUACAUACAUAUAUAUAUAUGUAUAUGUAUAUAUAUAUAUUAUAAAUAUCAAAGAAAUUAUAUAUCUAUCCUGGGAUGGGAAAAUGAGGGAGGGAUAUGCAUAAAGAGGGGAUCCCACUCUUCCAUUCCUCAGACCAGCAGGAAAAGAGGGGAGACUUUAAAAUCUUCCUUAUUCCCCAGGGUUCCCUCUCUCCUGUCCCAGUUACUAAGGAAAUAGCACCCUCUGUUGUUGGUGCUAAGUGAUCAGGAACGAAGCCCAGGAGAGGUGAGCCUGGGAACUCUGUCACAGGACAGGACUUGGAGGGUUAGUUUUCUAGGCUUAUUGGCACUUAAUUUCUCCAGGAAAGGGGUAAUACCCCAUGACACCAGUGGUAGUUGGGGGAAGGAUCAGGAGGAGUGGCCUAGCUCAAGAAUCAAUAUUGAAUCAUUCCCUCUCCUUGGAGGAGAGGAAUUAGGGUGGGCUCCAGUUAGCCCCUCAAAACUUCCCCCUAACUCACACAGGUAAUGUUAUUUUAAAAUCCAAGGCCGGGAGAAAAGAAUCCAAAAAAGCAAUAUUUUUCAUCACAUGCCAAAAACUGGGGAUAGAGAGGAGGAGUGGCAGGCCUGGGCCCCUCCGAUUGUCUCUUGGGGGUUACCCCUCAGCCCACCUCAGUAUGGUGCUGGGUAGAGGGGAUACCUGGGUUCUAACCUCUAAAUAGGGGAGACCCCAGCCUCUAGACAGAGGCCCUUUUAUUUUUUAUUCUGAUUAGCCAUUUUAAACCAACAAGGAAUAAAAAGAAAUCCUGAUCUAACCAGC